AUGCCAGUCUCACAAGCAUCGUCACGCACAUCUACCCCACACAAUGGGGAUAGAGCGAUGCAGAUGGACGAUGAGUCCACACCAGCAAGAUCUCCAAUGGAUCCGGCGAUGAGUAAGUACUACAUAGUCUUGGAUAAGACUAUCCAUGACAGCAACUACUACAUAGUAGACAUACUAGUAGGCAAGUUGUAUGCACAAGCAGCGGACGAUCCCAUUGACAUCAGAGCGUUCCACAAACUGCGCAAAGCAGUCCAUGAACAACAACCCAAACGUUUAGUUCCAGUAAUAGAUAAGUGGUUAGUAGAGAUAUACAAUAAAGCGAUGAAGAACUGUGACAAAAGUGAUCACGAUGAGUGUAUUGCGAUCAGUGGCUUUAUGAGCGAGUUAACUCUAAUUAGAUCUCACGAAGGGGACAAAGCUUCAGAACCAGAACUGAACAAACUACUCAAAAUGAGUGAAUUCCCUAAGUGGCCAAUAGGCAAACAGAUCAGCAUGGCUGAUUGUCGUGAUACAAUUGAGUUUGUAUCUGUAGCCAAAGACUUGUUUGCGGGCACAAACAUGCCAUUGAUACAUACCAAAAAGCUCUGGCAAGACUUCACUGAUGUGGAGGACUACAAUAUAUUAAUCAUUGACAAUCUACGUCGCACUCCAGUAGACUAUCUACUAGAGAAGUGGCUCAACGACUUCUAUGACACUCGCGUGGUAGUUGAAGUACGAGCAGCACGAUUGCGUCGCACAAUUUUUGAGUUGGAGAAACGUUACAAGGGCACGGAGAGAGAAGCUAUAAAUUGGCAACUUCUCAAAGCAUCACGUUACCAGGUACUGGUCAUGUACGGUUUGCAAGCAGAAUCAGACAAGCUAAUCAAGGCUCAGACAAAACCAGACGGGAGUAGUGGACACUUAUCCGACAUCUCAGAGAAGGUAUUUCAUGAACUCACUGAAGACAUGAUCAGACAAGCAACAAUAACACAAGCUAAUCGCAAGCGGGAAGCCAAGCAAGCAAAAAAAGCACUAGCUAAUGAACCACGAGCCACCCGCCUAAAAUUGGACAUACUUCAAAGGGGUCCACCAAGAGGAGGAGGACCACCAAGAGGAGGGGGACCACCAAGAGGUGGAGCCCCCCCAGGAGGUGGAGGUCCACCAGGAGGGCAAGGCAGGCCACUGACACACCAGCACCACGAGGUCCACGACCAUGUCCACACUGUGGCGUCAAUCCCUCACCACAUGCGUUCAGCAAAUGUCCCAACAAAGCGAACAGCAAUCGUCUAA